AUGAAUGUGCUCUCUAAUAUUCUCAAUAACGCUGCUUCCAGAGGGAUUUUUUCCUUCCAUCCAAAAUGCAAGAAAAUUGAACUCACCCACUUGUCAUUUGCUGAUGACUUAUUGAUUUUCUGCAAAGGAAACCUUGAGUUUGUUAUGGGAGUGAUUACUGUCUUGGACUGUUUUUAUGAAUAUUCUGGGUUGAAGCUCAACGCAGGUAAAUGUGAGAUUUUCACUGCAGGUAUUUCGGCUCAUAAUCUUGAAUCUAUCAUCAACUAUACUGGUUUCAAACAAGGAAAGUUACCUGUUAGAUACCUCGGGGUACCUCUUGUCACCAGAGAGCUUACCGAUAAAGAUUGCAAAGCUUUGCUAGACAACAUCAAGAGCAGACUUCACCAAUGGUCUAGAAAGAAUUUGAGCUACACAGACAGAGUUGAGCUUAUAAAGAUAGUUCUCUAUAGCGUUGCGAAUUAUUGGUGUAGAAAUCUGAAAGGUUCAGACAUUUAUGCUGUCGGUGCAAGGGUGAGUUGGGUGAAAAUUUGUAAACCAAAAUCAGAAGGAGGUUUGGGACUAAAGGAUAUCAAAUCAUGGAACAACGCCUGCCUAAUGUUUCUGAUCAGAAAAUUACUUGUAAGGGAAGGUUCUCUUUGGAUAGCGUGGCUUCAAUCCUACAUAAUUAAGCAGCAUGAUUUCUGGACCAUGGAAAUACCGCAAUCUGCCAGCUGGAGCUUUAAGCGAAUGCUGAAGCUCAGAAAUGCUGCUCAAACAGUGCGUGUAAUAGCAGUAAAAAGUACUAAAGAGAUUUGGGAAGAAAUCCGCCCUAGAGAUGCUAAAGUUGCAUGGCACAAACUUCUCUGGUAUCCUCUACAUGUCUCGAAGCAUAGCAUAAUUUCAUGGAUGAUUAUUUUGGAUCGUCUCCCACUAAGGACAGAAUGCAACGAUUUGGUCUUAUUACAAACAAUCUUUGCAUGUUCUGCUCGGAAGCAACGGAAACUAGGAACCACCUCUUUGCCGAAUGCUCGAAGACUGCUUCUAUUUGGAAAUCAAUUCUGCAACUUUCUGGUCUGA